UGUAAAGGCAAACCUCUGAUGAAUAACGGUCGAAGAUGUGCUUCUACAACAGUUUUUCAUGAUGGUCGAAAAGGUGCAUGUGGAUGUGGGCCAUUUUGGUUGGAUAAGCAGUUCUUUUGGAAUAAAGAUAACUAUGUAGCAGCUGUAAAUCAGAGAUUUUUUGAUUUUGAUGGUAAAACUUGGUGUGGUCAACGUUGUGGUCAAUGUUAUGAACUGACCCCUACAGGAGGGUUUAUUGAAAAUGAAGGAGCCCCGCCGACUUCGAUGCAGCCAAUUACAGUAAUGAUAACUAACUUGUGUCCCAUCGAACCACCUAAUUUGAGUUGGUGUGGACAAAACCAUUACAAUCAAGUGAACGCGCACGGAUAUUAUGCUCACUUUGAUUUGGAAAAUGGUAAUCAGCAAAUUACUUCUCUUGGUUGGGAUAAUCCGGAAGUGACGUACCGCCGUGUUGAUUGUGGUAUGAAAUGGCCUAAACGAUAUCGUGAGUGCCAGUGUUCUACAGGAUACUAUUGA